AUGGGAAACAUUUUGAGAAGUAGAGAUAAACCGUUAUUAAAUGAAAAUUCCCCUCUUAUUGGUUUGGAGUCAAAAUCGAAAUUAAAAUGGUUCAAUUUACGGAACGUGGUCCUCUUUAUAACACUUCUACUGUGUAUAUUAAUUGUUUUGUAUGUGGUUUUUAUGAUAUUCUAUACACCGACGAAAAAAUCCACUUUAAGAUUAACUAGUGUGGCGACGAUCAACAAUGAUUAUUUCGAAAAAUGCUCACCACCAGUAACGUGUGAUCCUAAAGCAAAAUACAGGACAAUCAAUGGAUCAUGCAAUAAUUUGCAAAAUCCCAACUGGGGUGCAGCACUAACUCCUUUUUAUAGAUAUAUGGAUCCGGUGUUUAGCGACGGUAUCUCAGCUUUUCGUGUACAAUCGGAUGGAAGUCCAUUGCCAAAUGCUCGAAACCUGACUCUAACGAUAUUCCAAGACACGCUUAGGAUUUGUGAUUAUAAAAACAACGAACUAUUAGUACCAUGGGGUCAAUUCAUCACCCACGAUACGGCUUUUUCGCCAGUCCGUAGUGUCAAUUCAUCUUUUCCUGCUGCUCUAGACCAUUGUCAAGACGAACAUCCACCAACAGAGUGCAAGGCAGUCAUUCCAUUAUCUCCAGAUGAUCCAGUGUACGGAAAAUACAAUUUAACGAUUUUAAAAUUUAUGCGUCUCAUAACUUCGCCAGCUUAUAAUUGUACCUUAGUUCCUGACACUGUUCUUAAUAAAAACACGCAUUAUAUCGACUCGUCAAAUGUGUAUGGUUCCGAUCCUGAUGUGACAAAUGAAUUGCGUCUGUUCAGAGGAGGACAAUUGCUUUACAAUACAAUUAAAAAACAAGAGUAUUGUCCCCAGGAUCCUACUAGAGUUGUGAAAAAAGGAAAUGAGACUCAAGUAACAAUAGCUUUUCUUGCAGGAGAUGUAAAUGUUAACCAGAAUUUAGGAAUAGCUUUAUUACAAAAUUUAUUUCUAAGAUUCCAUAAUUAUAUUGCCAACCAGUUGGAAGUAGCACACCCGUUAUGGACGGAUGAGAUUAUCUACCAAGAAACGCGUAGAAUCGUUGCAGCUGUAACUCAAAUUAUUACAUACGACAAUUUUUUGCCGAUAAUUUUGGGUGAAAAAUAUAUCAAUGAAUAUGGUCUAAAUCAUGAAACAAAUUAUGAUCCAACGAUAAUGCCUUCUAUGGCACAAGAGAUGACUAGUGGUGCUUUUCGAUUACUUCACAACAUAAUUCCCGCCAAAUUGAACUAUAUGACCGAAAAUUACACUACAUAUGAAGUGGAAGAACCUUCUAAAUCGUUUUUAAGACCAGAUACAUUGAUUGGUAACGUUGAUGGAUUAAUUAGGGGUUUAACAGAAACUCCUGGACGCGAACCCCAGUCAUCAUAUAAUGACCUUAUUUCAAAUAUUGUUAUUAAAAUUCCAUCAAUUAAUACUACUGGAUUUGAUCUGCUUUCUUACGACAUACAACGAGGUCGUGAUGUUGGUCUCCCGCCCUACACUAAAAUGAGAAGUUUUUGCGGACUGCCACAAGUAAAGUCAUUUGAUGAUUUAUCGGAUCACAUACCAUCAAAAAAAAUUGACCAGUUAAAAUAUUUCUAUUCAUCGGUUGACGAUAUUGAUUAUUACGUUGGAAUUUUAUUGGAAGAUAAAGUAAUCGGAUCUAUGUUUGGCCCCACUGGAAGUUGCGUUAUUGCUGAUAGUUUUUACCGAUUUAGAAAUGGUGACCGUUUCUUUUACGACGUCAAAGAUCAACCUGGAAGCUUCACUUCAGAUCAAAUACAGUCGUUGAAGAAAAUAACGCUCAGUCAUAUAAUCUGUGCUACGUCAGGUAUAGAACGUAUUCAAAAAGAUGCAUUCAGGUUAAUUGAUCAUAUACGAAUGAUGAAACUAAAGCCCAAUUGUGAAACGUACAAAAUCGACUUGACUGCAUGGUGA